AGAUCUGUUGUUAUUAAUGUGCGACGGUCUGUAGAUGCCCAAGCUGCCGCUGAGUCAGGUAUGUUGUCUUCUGUCCCGGUAUGAGAGUUCUGGAGAGUUGCCCGCACCAAUAUGGCGGCGCCGUUGACGUGCGGUCGAGCGGCCAAUGAGGCGUCUAGGUAUUUAUUAUGUCUAUGGGCGUAACCAUACUUUGUCCUUUUAUGAACCCUGGUUGUAGCCUAGUGGAUCUGUUAUUUCCGAUUUACUUUCAAUUUAGGAAAAACAAGGGGAACAAAACUGUGUCGCGGGAAGUGGGGGUGCUGAGGGUGCUGAAGCACCCCCUGUUUUUUUCUGUGGGCAACUGUUUAAUUGUUGGGAAUAAAAAAUAAAAAAAAAUCGGAGUGUCAGUGCAAAUAUCCAUGUUGUUGGCAGAGGCUAUUUACACUAAUUCCACCCACAAACGUAUGAUUGCGCUAGUCAAAUUAGCAAAAGACGGUUAUCACUCUAGAUGCAGUGGCGCCGCGUCCCGCGCGGAGCCGAAUAUAGUUGAGCUUAACUUCCCUUAACUUUUCCCAUUCAUUCUCUAUGGUAGUGCUUAACACUACGGAUGUAAUAUAAUUUUGGCCACGCGUAGACUUCAUGGCGCUGUUUCGUCUUUUCCGUGGCGGGGAAUUUAAGAAGCCGAGUAUCAUCCGUCAAUCAUUCGCGUUCGCAGUGGAGGAGGGGAGAACCGUUUUACGAUCGGAGAGAUUUUACCUAUGGUGACUGCUGUUUUUAACUAACGCGAAAUCUGACAAACCGAGAAGCAGGAUGAAGGUGAAAGUGAUCUUCCCAGGCAAGAUCAAAGUGUGCUUCAGGAAAGGACCAACUGGAUAUCUGAGACAAGAUCCCUCAGAUGAAGCCAAGAGGAUCAAAGACAACCCCAAUCUCCAGGACAAAUCAUCCCCUCAAAGUGAAGACAAGGUCAAGGAGAAUGCCCACUCUGUUGUCUUCAUGAGAGGAGGAGAUGUGUCAGACAGACAGGAGGUGCUGGGAGAGUAUGUGCUUCAGUUUGGAAAGUACAAAGGCAAGUCAUUCCGGUGGCUGCUAGAGAAUGAUGUAGGCUAUACCAUAUUCUUGACUAAGAAGGUUGAGGAGGAGGAGAGAGCCGGACAGUUUAAACCAGAGGGUCCCAAGAAGGACAGCCUACUUUCAUUCCUUGAGUACAGUAGAAGCUUCCAGGAAAUCGAGGACCUCAUAAAGUAUUUAGCUGGAAGAUCAGUGGCUCCACCUGUGAGGAAUGAAGAAGACAACUUGGUUGGCUUUGGGAUUAAUGCAGACAAGACUUGGAGGGAUAUUUGGGAGAGCAGAGCAGAUGGAUAUGCUGCAUUCAUCCUCAAGAAACAGUGUGUUCCAGGCAGCAAAAUGUAUCGGCUGCAGCAGUACCUCACCCAGAAAAAGAGCCAGCUUCAGAGUGUUUCAGCGGAACUUGCUUCUGCUGGCCUCGCAGCAUCUGCCUCUCAUCCUCCAGAAAUGGAGGAUGAUGAAGAAUUGGAGAGAAUGAUGCUUUCUAUAUCCCCAUCCAAACUCCAAGGCCAACUGAAAGUGGAGGAAGGUGAAGAAUUUGGGAGGAUGAUGCAACCCACAUAUUCAUCUAAAAUUCCGGGCCAACUGAGUUCAGAAGUGGUUGGAGUCCCUGUGGUCAAAGGGAGGCGUAAACCACCAGCAACACUCUCAAAACCAGACCGGCCUGAUGAAUAUAGUGCUACUGCAUCUCCACGGCCAGUGAGGGUUCCUUUGCCAGUACCUCCAGAGUUGCUUGAAUUUUCUACAAGCAAGACCACAUCGCCUUUGAGACCAGUGCAGGAAACCGUCUUCUGUCAGUCCCUCCUCCCAGUGACCUCUGCACAGUAUACAGCCUCUACUCCUCCCUCAGGACCCUCUGCAGCUGCUGGACAGUCUUUCUCGGGACUCCCUGCAGCCUCUACUGGGUACCCCUCAACUCAGUUGGAGGAAAAGCAUGCUGUUCCACCACUGCCAAGCUAUGAGCAGGAUGUGAGCCGAUGGCACUGCUCUCAACAGCAGAGAAUCUGGAUGAAAACAGAAAUGGAAGCCUUGGGACUGUGGCCAGGUUCUAGACCGGUGAGACAUCCAAUGAACAUGAUCUCCUUGUGGCGUUACCCACCUCAGCCCGAACUUAUUGAUCCUGUCUAUGAGCUGCCAUCACCAAAAUACUUUCAACUUCAUCCAUUCUUCAUUUGGAAACCAGAGCACACGAUUAUGGAAAGAGUCCGCAACAACUACACUCUGCCAUGUCUGUACGGCUGUCCAAAUCCCCACGUUGUCUCAUCAGGAGUUGGACGACCCCGUGUCAUUAUUGGUACAAGCAGCCAGUACUACAUACUGGCCUCUCGGCUCAGCUGUAAAGUCUGUAAAAAGUACUGGUUUGCAGACAAACCCCAAUGGAUGGACAUGCUGCCGAGUCGGUUCUGCAACAUUUUGCCAGCUUUUCUGACGCACAAGAAAGCCAUAUGUAAGACUGUGAUGGAUGAGUUGCGCACAGGAAAGUCUCCCAAUGAUAUGGCCAAUCAGUUGAACGAAGCUCUCCACCUCAGGUAUGAGCGUGCACACCUGGCUUACCUGUCCACUGUUAAGAAUGUGCUGGAUGGAGACAGUGGACUUUAUGGUCAACAGACCAUCACAGGGGCACUAAGAGCAUCAAAUAUUUCUGCCCCAUUUGGUGAUUAUGGUGAUGUGGUCGGCUGGUGCGGAGUAACAGUCUCACCCCACUACUUGGUUGACUGCCUCAUUCAGGAGUACCAUAGGCAGGAGAGCACACUCAAUCUGCUCCUACAAGGCACAUUCGGACAAGCCUUAAGGGCUGACCAUACCCGAAAGGUGGCCCGGAAGGUUGUGCUUGCAUCAGGUACUAUGUCGUCCUACGCAGUGAUGAAUGAAAACUGGAUGAUCUUGUCCUGGGUGAUGCUGCAGUCUGAAAGUGAUAAAUCCCUGGAGCCAAUGUAUGGGGGCUGUCUCGUCGUUACAUUUUGCAGGAGUGCCAAAAGCCAAGUACCAGUGGGUUGA